ACCAUUCACAAAGGCGCACAGCAUGCCACACAUACGGGAGACGAAUCACGCGGGCUGCCACCGGAAAUACGUGGGUAUGGACGCCCAUGUCAAAGCAUUCGUAUAAAUAAGUUUGCCCCCUCGUAGACACAACAGAAGAGCGCCAACUCUCACUCGAGGAAAUACGUGUAAACUUUGAAGAUGAAUAUCAUCAUUGUAUCGAGUUUACUAGCGACUACGCUGUUGUGUAUGUCGCAGCAUUUUGUUCAGGGAGCUUUAAUGCCGGAGCAUCCCCAGACAUCCUUUUGCAUGGCAGAUUUUGUCGUUCGAGUGAAGGUGCUGGGAAAAAUAAAGCGGGACGACGAGGUACCCACGACCGAAGCUUCAGCAGGUGAUAAGUUUACUGUUCCUUCCCCGACCGAGAGACUUGUGGCGGACACAGACGCCCCAGAAACGAAAAGUGCUUCCACUCGUCGCUUCCAGAAAAUUGAUGAUUUACCACCACAGAGCAAUAACAGCGAUGCUGGGUCUCUUCUGGGUCUCAUCUUCGCCAGGCACAAGCGAAAUAUUGGAAUACGAGGUGCCCCAGCCCCUGGAGGAAAGAUGCGCUAUCGUCCAAUAGGAGGAAAAGGCCGGGACAAAGGAAUGAUGUACUAUGAUGUUCUGAUAAAGAAAAUAUUCAGAGGUGAAGAUAGAGUGCGAAGAACCAAAAGAACUUUUGUUGAUGCCUCCAAUCCAUCUCGAUUGUUUGCGAGGAUUUACUUCUCCAGUCACCACGGUCAGGACCUGGUACUGGGAGAUGCUUACAUGCUUUCUGGUAAAAUCAUGGAUAAUGAAUUGAUUCUCCCAUCGCGAGGCUGUUGGAUGCAAAAAUGGCGUGACCUGUCCAAAGAUCAAAUUCACGGUCUGAAUAAAGUAUAUGCAGAAAACUGCGAGUGUAUGGUCCAGUUUUGCUUUCCUGGUCGCUGUGCAUCUAUGCCUAAGUCUCAGCUGCAGUGUAACUGGAAACUGCAAAACUUUAGAGAACCAAGAAGAGAUUGUGGAGCAAGACACAACGCAUGCGUCAAUACACGUGGCCAGUGCCAGUGGAAGAUAGGCAAAGAAUACGAUUCUUGUAUAAAUCCCUCGGGAAUUCUCCCGUAGGACAGAAGACGCGAGGGAUUUCCCGGGGACUAAACUCCCUUCGGGGUCUUUUCCUGCACAGUUCUACGUCGCUGCUUUUUGCGUAACAAAGACUUGUAGGGAGGAGACCGUGGACGCGUCAAAGAAGUGGACAGUAAAAUAAGAACACUGAUUAACCUACUAAUCUUUGCUCUGAUUUCCGUUCAUUGCCCAGACGGAGUGGGCCUCGGUAACUAUGAAAGAGCGACACUAACAUAUAUUCUUGUAAGGAAACAAGCGAAUUUUAAUUUCCAUUUACUUCCGAAAAUAUGAACUUGAUUCCCAGAGUUCCUCUUCUCGUAAAGGAACGAGGGGAAGAAAUCAAGCUUAUUGGAAAUACUAGAGAUUUUGUUAAUACUCGCUUUACGGACUAUUUCACUAAAUAAAAAGAAUCCUUUCUCAUACCCUUGUGGGUCACAUCCCCGAUUACCAUUUGCGCACGCGCGAUUAGUCUGAGGGCGUCAUGUGAUUGACUGAUAUUCCGGUAAAAGAGAGAUAAAGUCUACAAAAAAUAAACGAGGAUACUUUCGCGUCAAAUAGAGCCCAUUGUUUAUUCGUUGUUCUCAAACUCAUUAAUUAUUCAUGCAUCUCUUACCUAACCAGAGCAUCUUAUUCUGGUCAGGUGGAUGGAUUUCGAAACCCAAUGAAAAACGAGUUGAAAACACGGCCGUGUUUGAAACGAUUUCAAACACGGAUGCAAAUUUUCUUAGUCUGCAUAUUGAUAAAGCAAGAAAAACACGUGGCGAUAAACAACUUUUCAAGAACGCGUCGGAAGAUAGAGAACCUGUAAAACACAAAAUGAUAACCCUAAAUAAAACUACACUAUUUCAAUUUCA